CACGUAUGCUUUGGCAAGGAAUUCGGCGCCCUCCCUCGCAAGCCCCACCCCAAUUCUACGGAGAAAAAUCAAAUAUUUACUGAAACGACGAGGAAAUUUUCGGUAUUCUGGUACCAUGGAAAAGGAAAGUACAUUUGAUCACCGAUUUCAGCGCACUGAUCAGUGGAUGCCUGUUUAUUCCUGGUUGGAGUCACUUGAUGCAGAUGAGGUGGUAAAAUCUAAAGACAUUUUGGAAUGGCUUACUGAGAAUGCGGAAAUCAGAGAACAGUUAUCCUCGAGGCAUUCACGUUACCAUUUGAUGCAUUACAUUAAAAAGUGUCAUGUGAAAAUACUAAAGAGAAAGGGGAAGAAGGUAUUGACAGUCAGUAGCAGUGUGCGCUCAGCAAAAUUUCUUGACAGUAGGGAAGAGAAACAGCCUGCUAUGAUCCAGUGUGCUGGCAAUAGUCUAAGCAGCCUACCAAAAGAUAGUGAAAUCUAUAAAACAAAACAAGCUGAAGCUAUUCAGAAAUAUGAACUUUUAUUGGAGUUCGAGAAACAACUUUUGGGCGCCUUCCCAAGCGAGAAAAUGUAAUCACGCAUGGCUCUCUAGUUUACUUGGGCAGCAAUAUGGUUUGGCUAAUCCUUUAUCUUAAUGGUGCAAUUUUUCUCUGUAAAUGUUUUUUCCUGUUAACACCCCCCCCCCCCCCCCCCCCGGGUACUCCCCUAGCAUCAGGUUAAGUAAAAAAGAACCCUCUUUAGGAGUGUUGGCAACUUGGAUUCUGAAGCUUUUUGUCUCAUAAUGUGAGGAAAUAUUUUGUUGAUGUUA